AUGUCUUCAUCGUCUUCCAUCAGGAAUUAUCUUUCUUCCCGAACGGCUGCAAGAGCUCAAGCAAUCAUCCAGCAUAUCAUGCCUUUGAUCCUUGAAAAUGUUCGGAAAGAAGAUGGAACACUAUCAACGGAAUCACCAUCGCUAUAUGACAUUUCUGAAAAAUUACAAUUGAUUUUUCCUCCUCAUAAUUAUCAGGAAGAGGAAAUAUUUACCUCUCCAAAGAAAUUACUCCCGACUGCAUUUUCAAAAUUUGAAUUUGAUUUAUUCUUGAAGACUUUGGUAGAUGCCAUUAAUAAUGGUAAAAUAGAUCAUUCUAAUUUAACUGUAAUGGAUUUAUGUGGAAAGGUUUAUGAUAUUAACAAUAAUAUUCUGAUGAUUGCUCUUCCAAAACUCUCGUUCUUGAAAGAAAUCAAUCUUAGCAAUGUACAAUUAAAUGAUGAUAUCAUUGUGGGAAUUUGUACUAAAAUUCCACAAAUUGAACGAGUAAAACUAGAAAAUACAGCAAUUACUGACAAUGGAUGUAUUGGAAUGAUCAAGUCGUUGCCAAGUCCUCAAAACGUGAAGCACUUAAAUUUAUCAAAAACAAAGGUAACUGAAAACUCCAUGAAAUAUUUGGCUGAUCUUUAUUCAGCUCUUGAGAAUCAUUUAGAAAAAUUAGAAAUUGAAGGCAUUGACGUCAGCCGAUGGACUGUCACCAGAUUAUUUAAUAAUUGUAGAAAAUUAUGUAAAAUUGAGAAGGGCCAUGAAGGGUCAUUUGUGAUUUUUAGAAACAAUGUCAUACUGCUAGUGCCAUCAAAUCCAAACGCACACAGCUAUACGUUACGACUCGAUCAUCCAUUGCUCGAUGAAAGAAUUUUGCGUAAUAUUUUGGGUGUCUACAAAAACGUGAACCAUUUACAUUUGAAAAGUGACCAGCUCACCAACCACAACGUGUCUAACUCGAUACGACUCUCCAACAUCAAAACACUUCAAUCUUUCACGCUCAACGAUCAAUCUUUUAAGGUUUAA